AUGCCAUUCCAAUAUUUGAUCACUGGCUUUCUCUUGUUUUUUAUUGUCACACAACUGCAUGUAGUCCUUUCUGAGAACACUCACACUCGGCAGGAUGCAUCAUCACUCCAUUCCGAGACCAUUUAUUGGAUUGGAGGAUUGAACGGCAUUUGGCAAGAUCCGAAAAAUUGGAACCUCGGUUACCAGAUUCAUCCAUCGACUUCCUUACACUGCAUGUACAGUGUCAUGCCACCUACAGAUUUGGAAAAUGGAGGAAAAUUUCGUUUAUAUAGUGACAAGACAUGGAAUUGGUUCCAAUGGUUGAAUCGAAGUUCUGGACAUUAUUGUCAUCCUUCGUUGACAGAGUCCUCUCCUGUGAAUUUGUUGCUUAAUAUUUCAAGAAAAAUUUCACCUCAUGAUUCCAUUCAUAAUCCAAUGGAAGAAACCCUCAUUUCAAAUAUUGACAUUUUCAAAAGUAGUACUAAUAACAAUGAGGAUGAUACAUUCAUCUUGGAUGAAGUUUUUGGAAUGCCUUUUGCCACACACGAAAUCUCCAUCAUUAUUCCAAGCACGAAAAACAUUUAUCAAAAAUUGUCCUCGGAAGAACAUGAAGCCAUUGUACAACGAGUGGUCACAUCCAUGGUCAAGAUUGCAGGAGGUGUAACCACACUUCCAGGUAAUAUUGGUUAUUGGAUGUCUCAACAUUCAUUCAAGCAAGAAUUAGUGAGCGAAGAGAUUACCAUUGUGACCAUGAAUAUUCCCAACCUGACCAAAGAGAUCAAACGAAUGGUAAAAGAAAUUGCCGUGUCUGUGGCCAAAGAUUUGAAUCAAGAAGCUGUUUUUGUGAAAAUUGAUACACAUGCCUUUCUAGUCACACCUUAA